GAGGAAGGGGGAACAGCAGAGAGGUAGGGACGUCUUAUUUUAUAUAUUUGACAGAAGAUCUAAAUCUUUAAUAUAGGCACAUACAUUUUUUAUUUUACCUCACAAGAGUCAAUCACACUUAAAUAUUUGCAAUGGCUUUUAGAGCAUUUAAACAAACACACGUUUUUGAAAAGCAAUCAGCUCCAAAAGAAAAGGACAAAUCCAGCAUCCAGUGCAUUGCGUGCUGUGACCCACAUGUGUAUAUAGGGACCAAAGAUGCAACAGUCCAGCAUCUCAUCCUUUCAAGGAGCACAGACCUGGGAUCUGGCCAGAGCAAAACUAGAGAAGGUAGGGCAAGAAAACUGGGCUCAAGCAACCAAGUAACCCAACUGAGGGUAGUCCCACUUUACAACCAUCUGCUGGUCCUGUGGGACCGGAGCAUUACUGCCCUCAACAUGUUCUCCUUAGAGCCCGUUCCUGGCCUGAAGAAGAUCCAGCAUGUGUCUUUGUUUGAGGUAUGCGACUCGAUGCCGUCAGCCCAGGCACAAUGUGUGGAGAUGGUGACUUCCUCCAGCCGCAGGAAGCUGAUCCGGAUCCACGUGGUGGGAGUGGACAGGUGGGACGUCGUAAAGGAAGUCCCACUGCUCUACGACCCUAGGGCCUUGGCAGUGGAUGGCACCAGUGUGUGUGUAGCUACCAGCGACAGGUACCUUCUCUGUGAUAUCCGGACUGGGAGCAGCCAGGAGCUUUUUCCUCACAAUCACAGCAGGCAGUGUGUCUUUGUUACCUCAGUGGGACGAGGGGAAUUCCUCCUGAACGGGCCUGAAUCUUUGGGCAUGUUUGUGAUGAAGACGGGGACAUGCCAGCGCCCCCCCCUGCAGUGGCCUCAGGAGGUGUUGGCAGCCGGAGUGUGUUUCCCCUACAUCCUGACCCUACAGCCCCAAGUACUGUCGGUCUACAGCAUGGUGGACCAACAGCAAAAACAGACUGUGAGUCUCACUGGAGCAAAGGGACUACUUUCCACUACAGAUGGUGUUCUAGUGUUCACAGAGAGAGACAUUUUCAGCCUGCGCCUGGUGCCAAUCGAAGAGCAGAUCCAGGCACUUGUUAGGCAUGAAAGGAUCGAGGAGGCCUUACUGCUGCUGGAUGGAGUUCAAGGGUAUUGUCCACUUGACUCAUACAAGGAGCUGCUGAAGGCCAUCACUUGCCUGGCUGGGUUUGUUCAUUUUUACCAGGAGGGUUUUUCCGAGGCCAAAGAUCUAUUCAUUACAGGUGAGCUUGACCCCAGAGAAAUCAUCCACCUCUACCCCGACAUGCAGUCGUGUCUCAGCGAAGACUUUCAAUCCCAGCUCGAUCAGCCGAACAAGGGCAGAGAUCUCCAGGUGCUCUGGCAGGGAGACAGGAGCACAUUUCAUCAUUACCUAGCCUUCCUGGGAGAUUUUCUCAGAGCAGUAAAGGGGACUGAGCUCGGCCUGAGGUGCAGUAAGGAGGUGGACUGCGCCCUCCUGAGGCUGUACGUAGAACUGGGAGACUCUGAAAAUCUGCAGCAGCUUGUGGCAUUAGCCAAUGAGUGCAGGCUGGACCAGUGUGUUCCUGUAUUGGAGCAGCACAACAGAUUAUUUGCAUUAGGUUCCCUCUAUCAAAGCCAUGGAAAUCUAAUUAAUGCAAUUAAGACUUGGGUGAAAAUUGCAGAUGGCUUCCACAAAGACCCCUCUUGCUCAGAUGUAUACGGACACAUAGUUCGGACUCUCAGUCAACUGCAGGACAAAGAUGUUGUGUGGACAUUUUCAGACUGGACUCUUCAAAAAAACCAGGAGAUAGGGGUGCAGAUCUUCAUCAAGCGUCCACCAGAUGACCGAUUUGAGACACAAGACGUCCUUGCUCUCUUGGAGAAAAACCCGCUGGCGAUGCUUUUGUACCUUGAGUUUUUAAUCUACGAUUUAAACAGUGAGGAGAGUAGACAUCACAACCGUCUGGCCCUGGCAUAUGUUACUGAGAUGCUACAGGAGGAAGAGGAAGCAGAUUUGAGGAAGACCAGAGGGAAGUUGCAGCAGCUGCUCUGGGAAUCCAAAUUCUAUGACGUCUCCACUGUAUAUGAGAGAGUUAAGUCAGCAAACUUGCACAUGGAGGAAGCCAUUCUCCUGGGUAGGGCUGGUGAACACUCCCAGGCUCUGAAGGUGCUUGUUCACCAGGAAGGAGACUUCCAGGCUGCAGAGGCCUUCUGCUGCCGGGCCGCCCAGGGCCGGGACCCCCAGCUCAGACAGACCCUGCUGCUCACCCUGCUCCAAAUCUACCUGAGCUCAGAAGACCUCACUAGCGCUGCCGUGGAUCUGCUGAACCACAACCCUCUGGUCUUUCCAGCAGAGCAGAUCAUCCAGCUGCUGCCUGACUCCUGGUCUGUUCAACUGGUCUCUCAGUUCUUAGUGAGAUCCCUCAGAGAGACCUUCCACCAGAGGCGGAUGUCGAGGGUGCAAAAGGCUUUGGGCCAAGCAGAGCUCAUGCGGCACAAGGUCAUAUGGAUGCAGGCCUCAAAAACAACAUUCAGACUAGACAAGGGGCAAAAGUGUAAGGUUUGUCAGAGAGAGCUCGCAGAGCCACAGUUUGUCUGUAACCUCCAUGGUGACCUGAUGCAUACAAACUGCACUGACUUCACAUCAUCUUAAGAACUCAGAUACAGCAAUUUAUUGUCUGCGUGUGCAAUUAAGUGCAUUUCUGCUCUCUGGAGAAUCACAUUCAUUUCAAGUUGGAUAAGUGUCUGCUUCCUACCUGAUUAUUUUUGUAGAUUACACUGUGUCACAAACUUUGUGUACAAGGAUUCAAUUCAUGGAUGUUGGACCAGACACUUUCCAUGAUUAGAAAAAAGAAAAUACAUUGUGUAAAUAACUGGUUUCAGAACGCAAAAGAGCAAGCAAUGCACUUUUUUAGGGCGGCAUGUCUGAGCCAUUUCCUAGAGACAUUGUAGACAGCAAUAGCUCUGAAGUGGAGGACACUCAGGGACAUAUAUUCACUGAUCAGACAGUGGUGUUUAACAUGGAAACCACCCGUGGUCAACCUGAUGCCCAGAGGGAAUUGGACCAUCCUCUAAGGCUGUAUGCAUUCCCCGCCAUCACAGUUUCCACUGACUGUGUAUAUUUGUCUGCAUAAAGCUGGAAAUAGAAGGUCAACAUAAAAGAGGCA